AUGUGGCUGACAGAUACUCAAAAAAUUGGCGUCGGGCUAACAGCCUUUGGCCUAUUUUUCAUGUUCCUGGGUAUCUUGCUGUUCUUUGAUGCUGGACUAUUGGCCAUAGGCAACAUACUCUUCCUCGGAGGCCUGACGCUCGUUAUUGGAAUGGCCAAAACAGCAACCUUCUUUAUGAGAAAGAACAAACUCAGAGGGACUGUGUGCUUUCUUGGUGGUAUACUACUCGUAUUUAUAAAAUGGCCAAUGAUCGGAAUGGUUGUGGAAUUAUUUGGAUUUGUGAAUCUCUUUGGGGACUUUUUCCCAGUGGUUAUUGGAUUUCUGAGGCGGCUACCCUUCAUCGGGACAAUAUUAGCUAUACCCGCUGUCUCUAAUGUUCUCGAUAGAAUAGCAGGACCAACCAAACUGCCGGUGUAA